CCGUCAAAACGUCAAAGCCAGCAAGGGGUUCAUUUUCUUCGCAGUCAGUUCGCCCCGCAAUCGGAACAAGAUUUUUUGGUUUUUCUAUCUUUCUGUAGAUUGUAAAACGUUCACUGAAUCCUUCCAAACAUUCGCAAAUAGUGUAGAAUGUGCUCCGCGAUCAAUGUGAGUGCGAAAUGAAACGGAGUCUGAGCGGUUGAUGAAAAGUAGUUUAGCACUUUUCUUGGAGACGACAACCGAUCGAAGGUGCAGUGCUCGCGCAGCAGUCUUCUAUAUUAUGUUCAUUCAGCAGUAGUGUGUGCGGGGUUCUGUUGUCUGCUGAGUCUGCUAUCGUAUCACACUGUACUGUUCUGUUUGGCCAGACGUGUGUGUAAAUAGGAGGAAGCAACGGGACAAAAAUGGACAUUGCUUUCCCGUGACUAAUCCGAUGCAGCAGCAGCAGCAGCAACAGCAGAAGUGGACAAAGGUUGCGCUUUCUUGAUGUGGCAUUAGAACUCGUUGUGAUAGGUUGUGAUCCGGUAAUGCGUUCGGGAAUAGUGCGCCUAGAUUGAGAGUGCAGUGUAGGUAGUAGGCGGUGGUGUUUGACGAAGGAUGUUAGCGUCCAGAUCACGUACCCGUCAGUAGACGAAGAAGCAGACGGAAACGACUGACAAGAAGCGAAAGAAAAGAAACAGCAACAAGAAGAAUACUACAACCACUUCUGAUAAGUUUGUGCAUCGCCCGCAACCUGUAGACGGCUGGGGUUGAAAACUGGGUUUAGGUCGUCGGCAAGGGGAAACGCAAUAACUAUCGGGGUCCGAUCUAGUGGCGACAAAGUGCUAGAAAGAAAUUAGGCUAGUGCAACCAUGAACGGAUUAAGUUUCGGCGAGCUGUGCUGCCUGUUUUGCUGCCCACCGUUCCCGGGCAGGAUAGCGGCAAAGCUGGCAUUCCUCCCGCCGGACCCCACGUACAAUUUGACGCCGAUCGACGAGAGUAAGGCCAAGUAUCUGCUUAGUUUCAACGAACGAGCCGAGUGGCCCUACUCGGAACGGGAAAAAGAAAAUGUCGAAGGAUUUUUCACACGGACAUCCCGAGGAAAUAAGCUGUCCUGCAUCUACGUGCGGUGUUCUUCGAAUGCCAAGUACACGGUGCUGUUCUCGCACGGCAAUGCCGUCGAUCUGGGCCAGAUGAGCAGCUUCUACCUGGGGCUGGGACUGCGAAUCAACUGCAAUAUAUUUAGCUACGAUUACUCCGGAUACGGUAUGAGUACCGGAAAGCCUUCGGAGAAGAAUCUUUACGCGGACAUUGACGCAGCGUGGCAUUCGCUGCGCACCCGCUUCGGGGUGAGCCCGGAGAAUAUUAUAUUGUAUGGACAGAGCAUCGGAACGGUGCCGACGGUGGAUCUGGCAGCACGGUACGAAGUGGGAGCGGUCAUUUUGCAUUCUCCGUUGAUGUCCGGUAUGAGGGUAGCGUUUCCCAACACGAAACGAACGUGGUUCUUCGAUGUGUUUCCAAGCAUCGAUAAGGUAUCGAAAAUUGGAUCGCCGGUACUAGUUAUUCAUGGCACUGAGGACGAAGUGAUAGACUUUUCCCACGGGCUGAGCAUUUACGAGAAGUGUCCGAAGGCAGUUGAACCCCUUUGGGUAGAGGGAGCUGGUCACAAUGACGUCGAGCUGUACAACCAGUAUCUGGACCGUCUGAAGAAAUUCAUCUCGGUCGAGCUCAAUAACUGACAAUUAAAGAACGCCCCUGGUCAACCACCGCCUUCAUCUACAGCGGCCGCAGCCGCAGCAGCAGCGACACCAUCAUCGUCAUCAAAUACUGGCACCAAAAGUCCGAAACGACCAAUUGGGGCCAAAGCUAGUA